AUGAGACUAUGGGGUCUUCUCCUUUGCCUGGUGACAGCUCCCCAAGGUGUCCUGUCCGAGGUGCAGCGGCAGGAGUCGGGCCCAGUACUGGUGAAGCCCUCGCAGACCCUCUCCCUCACCUCCACCAUCUCUGGUUACUCCGUCACAACCAGUAGUUCCUACUGGAACUGGAUCCGCCAGCCCACGGGGAAGAGCCUUGAGUGGAUGGGAUACAUUGCUUAUGAUGGAAGCACAUAUUAUAACCCGUCCGUCAAGAGCCGCACCUCCAUCACCAGAGACACGACCAAGAACCAGUUCUUCCUGCAGCUGAGCUCUGUGACCGACGAGGACACAGGCGUAUAUUACUGUGCCAGAGACACAGUGACAGGAAGUCAGCACGAGCCCAGACACAAACCUCCUUGCAGGAUACAGGAGGGGUCUGGGCUGCAGGGGGCGCUCAAAGCCCACCCAGCUCCUGUGCCCCGUGGAGCAGUGUCCUGGUUGGAGAAGCAGCUGCCUGAGGGCCGACACAGCUCUGAUACUUCCAUGUGCAGGAUUCAGGGUGACAAGCACCGAGAUAAUCAAUCAGAGCCCUGCUGGGCUGAAUUUUGGGCUGGGAUCAAUGUACCCUUGGUGUCGAGUAGGAGCUGUGCUGGCAGCCGUGCUCACCUCGUUCCUGAUUAUGAGGGACGCCCUGAUCGAGCUGUGCUGGCAGCGAACAAGGACUGUGUGUGUGUGUCCUCAUGA